AUGAGCAUGAAUAAUUGUACUAAUAGUAUGCUAUUAGUAUUAUUAGUACUGCUUUUAGUUGUAGUUAACAAUAGCAGUAAUAAUAGAGUAGAAGCACAAUUGCAACCCACAGCAUCAUACAACAAACAAAAUUAUGUGUCAAUGUUGAUGUACCCAUUCUCAGAGUGUAGUUCAGUGCAAGGUGAAACACCUGAAAAGGUUGUAUCAUUCUUGCCUGGAGAAUGCUACGUCUAUGGUACAAAAAGUGCAAUGAUGGUAUUUGAAGCAACCGUGUCUAAAUACUUUUACAUUGUCUAUACAACUACAAGUUGUACCAAUCUAGAAUCCAACAGUACAGUCUCUUUUACAGGAUGUAAUUACAAUGCAGUUGUUAAAAAGUAUUUAGAGUUUAAACUUGGUCCUCCUCAAAUACCUCCAACUAACACUGACUAUCUCUAUUAUGAGAAAUUCCCUAUUUCAACAUUAACAUGUUCUGUAACAAGUACUAUAACAUCAACAUUUGCAAGAGUUGUAGUUGAAAAGAAUACAUGUUUGUCAAAUGAUGUUGGAGGAUCAUUCAAGCCAUUAAGUGGAGACUCUAAUUCAAUCCAGAUAAAUAAUCAAGUAGAUGUGUCUUGUGCAAAUCUGUCACCUACCUCUACAUACUCUCCAAACUGUCCGACUGUUGUAGACGGCUAUCGCGUUGCCAAUGCUUUUGCUACCCUAGGUCCUAUACUGUCACCAUCCAUAAUAGUCACAGUGAUUCAUUAUGGCACCAUUCAAAUAUCGAGUGUCUAUUAUGCUUCAGUGCAAUUUGCAUCGGUUGACACUUGGUUCACUAUUUGUACAAUCGAGUUGUGUCAACCACUCAACACCCAAAUAUACAAAACAACGGGCGUUGCCAUGAUCAUCAAUCAAAUACCAUACACUGGAAACUUGACUAUCUAUGCCAACCCUUUUGGAGCAGACUAUAUAUUAAAUGCAACAAUGGUUUCAUUAAAAUCAAAUUCAUUUAUACUUCCAUCAACACCAAUAAUUGAUAGUAUUAUUUUAAAUUCUAAAACGACUAGUUCAUUAAAUAUUAGUUAUGUUGUAUCGGGUGGAUAUGAUCCACCAAAUGCCAAUACUUAUGUUGUGUUUGGAUCUUUGGGACCUGGAAGAUACAAUUAUCCCGAGUGUCAGUAUACCACUACUUGUAUCAUGAAUGACUUGCCAGUGGGAGCUAUAAUCUCUGUGUCUGUUGGAGUUACCAACCGUGGUCAAAGUUCAACAAAUAUACAACCAUUUACAUUGCUACCUCCAAUUGACAUAGCAAGCUUUAAAACCACACCACUUUACAACUCUAUCAAUGUGUCUUGGGUAAUCGAUCCACCUGGUUACGGUGUAACCGCCGUCCUUGUCAAUGUAUCACAAACAACCUCUAGUAAUUUCACUUUCCAUUCCUUCACUGACAAAAACAUCACUUGGUUUGAAUUUCCAGUUGGUCAAAAUCCCGACAAUUAUACUUUUCAUUUAACAGCUAUAAAUGAUGGUACAACUAAAUCUACCUCUUCUACAUUUCAAUGGCUUGGUUCAUUAUUUGUAAGUAAUACAAAAAUAAUGUCUUCUCUUACAAAGAGUGUUGUUUUUACAUUUACAUUGUCUGGAGAUAAUGGUCCUGUGCUUUUAAAUUUUACGCUAAAUCAUGAAAUUCUUCAUACAGGGGUUCCUUAUACCGAAGGGUCUGGAUAUACAAUUGGCGUGCCAUCUGGAACAACAUCGACCGUUGGUUUUAUUGCUUACGAUAACGUUGGUCGUGUGUCCAACACUGUAUAUCUCAACGUGACAACCUAUCCAGUCAUCUCGAAUAUCUCAAUGCAGGUUCUUCAAGCAUACGACCUCUUGACUGUCAAUGAUCCAAAUGAUUGGUAUCUUUUAGUGACAACACUGUCGAGUGGAGGUGUACCAGGUGAUUCUACAUAUGCAUACUCGACUCCUAUCGUAUCACAAUCGACCAGCAAACAGGGCAACUCAAUCACCUAUUACAUGCCAACCUUUAUCACCACUAUCCCUCAACCAAUGACCAUUACACUUGAAAAUGAUCAAACAACAUUAUCUCUUAAUACUGAAAUUACCCUUUAUUAUUUUCCAACGAUAAAUUCAACCAAUUCAACAAGUGAUUAUGAAUCAAUUUAUUUGACAUGGAUUAGUGAUGGUGGAAUGCCAGGUAAUAUUACAUAUCAAGUAUCAGUCUCUAAUCCAAAAUCAUCUAUUCAAGUACCGUUGGUUUGGUGUUUAGGUUCAAACAUUAGUUCAUGUCUCAUCACUGGAUUGACUUCAAAUACUGAAUAUUCUGUGGAUAUUAAAAUGUCAUCUGUUCAAUUCUUACCAAUCAACAAAACUAUUUUAGUUUCAACUUUACAAUAUCCAAAUAAUUAUACAUGUAUUGAUCGUCAAGGAAUGAGUAAUAAAAUUGAAUGUAAUGGAUUUGGUGAAUAUUUAACAACUCUCAACUGGACAAUGACAAAUCAAACCAAUCAACCAACCAACAUAUCACCUUUGAUUUUACUUAAUAAUUGGAUUUAUUCAACAUAUAGUCGUUCAAAAGAUUCAACCUAUAGAGCAAUUAAAAUUACAUUUUUACAAUAUGUACAACAACAAGAAGAGGAGGAAGCAACUAUAAAAGACAUUCCAGUUACAUUUGCAGGUCAAUUAUUUUAUGUUGCAGUUGGAUCGAUUAAAUAUACAAUUGAUAUUGAAGGUUGGAAUUUCAAUAGUCAAUUAAAUACUCUUGAAUUGGUUACAAAUAUCACUCAACCAUACAACGAUAAAUGUGGAAAAGAAGAUCCCAUCAACGAUAUGGUAUCAACCAACUCUACAGAAUUCACUUCAUUUUUAAUUGGAAAUGAUCAAUUGGUUUUAGGCAAAUUAAUCAAUCGUGCAUUAUUGGAUGAUAUUCCUCGAAAGGUAUCAAAUCGAAUAGUAUCAGUUGUGUUAUCAGAUUCAGACUCAUCUUCAUCCUCCUCUUCUGAAUCUCAACAACAAAUGUUAUAUAGUAUUAUUACAUCUAUACCAUACUUUAAUCUUAAUGCUGUAUUUGAUCCAGAUCUUCAAUUGUUGAUCAAUGUCGAUGCUAUUGACCAAUGUUUGUCAUCACCAUCAAACUCAUGGAAGAUUGUUGUUGGUGUAGUAGUUGGUUUUGCUGCUGUGGUUGCAGUCUCUGUAGCCACUAUUAUUUAUAAAAUCAAAAUGAAUACUCGAAAGCAGUACAAUGUCCGUUUACAAGAAAGAUUUCAAGAAAUAAAUAAUAAUAAUUAA